AUGCAGUGGGAUCGCGAAAUUAGUAAACACAUCGAUAAUAAAGUUGCGGGCUUCCGAGUGAAGGUCUUCUACGGCUUGAGACCGGACCAAGGAGGCGCUUCUAAUUGGGGUCUGAAAGACGAUUUAGCGCAAGCAGAUAUCGUGCUCACGACAUAUACUGAAGUUCAGAAGUCUUACCCACGAGCAAAACUUCCUGAAGAUUUACAAACACUUGAGGAAAAGAAGGCAUGGUGGCUCAAAACAUGGACCGAAGAACGUGGAGUGCUGCACCAGAUACACUUUUACCGUGUGGUGCUAGAUGAAGCACAAGCUAUCAAGAAUCACAAAGGUAUAACUUCUGUUGCCUGUCGUGGGCUCAUGGCAAAACAUCGAUGGGCCAUGUCCGGUACACCAAUUCUCAAUGACCUUGGUGAGCUUUAUCCGUAUUUCAAAUUCCUGCGUGUCAAGAACAGUGGAUCCUUCCGGACUUUCAAACAAAACUUUUGUAUUGACGGUCAAAUUUGCAUGAAACGGUUGCACAGCUUUCUCAAUGGCAUAAUGAUUCGGCGAACCUACAAAACCGAGCUAUUUCACCACCCAAUUGUUCAAUUACCAGAAAAUCAUGAAGAAACCAUUGAACUUGAGUUCAAUGACCUCGAGCGAACAAUUUACAACACGAUAGAGGAGAGAUUCAGAAGGGCCAUAGCAAGGGCUGCAGCAGCAGGCGAUCUAGAAAAACAGCAGCGCCUAGUUCUAUUCAUGCUGACCCGACUACGCCAAUUAACAACGCACGUGUUCAUGUUGCAAGAGACAAUGGAAAGAAUGUACGACUUAGAGGAUGCCGACAGCCUCUAUGAGGUAAUGAAAGAAGCUCGUGCCGAGACUACCUCACCGGCAGACAUGGCUCGCAGCAUAUGCACGAUGAUCAGCCAUAAAGAUGAUUCACCCAUACGCACGCCUCCCGAAGCAACGCCAGAGAUUGAGGACGAUGACUUUGAGAAUGCGGAGAUUGAAAAGACGACAGUCUCGAGAUUCGACAAGUACCUUCGCACGUUGGUCGCCCAGAUGGGGAUUGACGAAAUGAACAAACGAACGUUGUGCCAGAAAUGCCAAUCGACUCCUACAAAUCCUUACGUAACGAGUUGUAUGCAUGUUUAUUGCAUGGAGUGCCUAGACACCCUCAUUGUUGAAUAUGCACAACAAGACUCCAACGAAGCCCUUUGCGUCAAAUGUAACAUGGCGUUCCAGGACACUGAGCCCUGCAUCGGUCUUGAAGAAAUGAAGGCAGGCAUCAAACCACCCAGACAGAAACCCAAACCCCAGCUAAAUGAAAUUGGCCGACCCCGUCGCAAGCCUAAUGACAACAUGAAAUGGGUGGAGGCCGAUGGCAAGCUAUUACAGUCGACGAAGACUGCCGCGGCUGAGGCAAAGAUCGAGCAAUGGCUCAACGCUGACUCUACCUGCAAGAUCAUUGUCUUUGGCCAGUUCCACAUGGUUCUCAAAUUGUUCGCAAAGCUCUGCGAACGUAGGAAUUGGAGCCAUUGCUCGUAUCAUGGUAAGAUGUCACAGAAAGUCAGAGACGAAAAUCUCAGUCGUUUCAAAACCGAUCCGUUGAAUAUCACCGAGGCUUCGAAAGUGAUAGUAGUCGAUUUGUGGUUUAACACAUGCGUUGAACAACAAGCUUUCUGCCGCGUAUACCGCAUCGGACAGACAGCUGAGACCCACUUGACUCGGUUUGUCGUAAAAGAUACUAUUGACGAGAAAUUAAUCUCCAUGCAGCAACGAAAGGACAAGAUCAUCAGUGCGGCAAUGGAUGACCGCACAGUUAUGAAGAAUCUUGGCCUUAAAGAUAUGUUACAUCUGUUCGGCCAGGAUGUUACUUAUUUCCACGGCGAAGAGGACUUCGUUUACAGUGACGAUGAGGAUGGUGAAGAAGAUCCAAUCGCCUGGGAUCCCUGCAUGCCCAUUGGUGAGAUCUGA